AUGGCAAAGGCCAAAUACUUAAAAAAUCUUACUAAGAAGUCAAAUGAGAUGAUAAAAUCAAAGACUUUACCAAAAUCAUCAAAAUGUGCUAACAAGAACGAUAAGAAAAACUCUGAAAAACCCAAAGAAUUAGAAGUGAAGUGUAUGGGAUGUCAUAUGACAUGGGAUGAGGAGCAGUUACUUCAAACUGGCAGUAUUUGGAUCCAGUGUGACCAGUGUGAUAGCUGGAUGCACAAGGAAUGUUACAGUGACGACUUUAUCGUAGACAAUGAUGAUUCACCAUUCUGUUGUCCCGGAUGUUCCAAAGACUGA